AUCGGGUCGCAUUAAUAUAUGUAACGACAGACAAGGCAGAAUAUACUGAAUAUUUAGGAUGUUUUAACCCUAACAUACAGCGUAUUUUUAGUUUCGAUUACUGGCAAGGCUUUGGGUUUGCAGCUUCAUCUUCUGAGACGAAGUUAAAAUACAACUAGCCUACAGUGUCCUCUAAUUUCUCGUUUACUAUGUUUGUCAGUCUAUUGACAAUUCACAUUGUACUGAAAUAAGUCAUUCCAGUAAUUAUCACGUCAGUGAGGAGGCUCAUCCUGACCUGGAGCAGCAUGCUGAACAUGGCAGUGAUUGAUGACCCCAGGAAGGCUUUCGGCUCCCUGCGGCCGGUGUGCGUGCUUCUGACGCGAGAGCCCACGGUGCACAAUGUGGAGCGCCUGCGCACCCAGCUGCAGGGGCUCAGCGACUCUGCCCUGCAGCAGCUGCAGGAGUACAUCAUCUUCCCUCUGCGCUUUGCCCUCAAGACACCUGGCCCCAAAAAGGACAGCCAGGUCCUGGCCGUGGUGGAAUGCGUUGCCUACGUCCUCACCAGCACCUGCGUGCAGAGCUGGGAACUGCUCCGGGACCUCUUCUCUGAGCUCUGUGUCUGCCUGUGCUCCCCCUCGAACCCUGGCAAGCCAGCCCCGGUGUCGGAGGAAUUGAAGACAGCCGUCGUGCAGGCUCUCGAUGCGCUGCUGCACGCAGCCUAUGGUGACAUCGUUCUCCAUUUGUAUGAGCCCCCCAUGAUGCCUGCGUUAGGACUUGCCAUUUCUUUGUUGUUAGAACUAGGCGAGCAUGAAAAGUCAAGGAAGCUGCAGACGGCAGCCUUGAAGUGUCUCCAGGUUUUUCUUCUGCAGUGUGACUGCUCGCAGCUUCACAGGUCAAUGAACGAGGAGGAGGAAAGGAUGCUUGGAAGGACCUUUGCCUCCUUUUUACCAGGGAUCACUCAAGGCCUGUCUAGGGUUGUCACUGGGGAUGUUAAACAAGGCCAUGCAGUGACAGUAAGUGCUAUGAGAGUUUGGUUCAAAACUGUAGGCCUGGUAAUGGAUGAAAAGCAGCUUUCAAAGGACAAGGAGAAGCCUGUGGUCGAGCUUGGUCGAGUUGGGGAGCUCAUGGUACAGAGGACCAAGGAAUGGGUGAAAGACACUGGAGGCAAGCUGGCUGUUCUUUUAAAGAAGAUGCUUGCUUGUUCUUCAGGCCACCAGCAUUGGAAAGUUAGAAUGGAGGUGGUUGAACUCUCAAGCCAUCUCCUAUCCAGGUGCCAUGGGACCCUGGUGGACUCUAUCAGCCCCCUCCUGGAGGCUUUAGUUGGUCUGGUGAAUGACGAGAGCUCAGAGGUCAGGGCUAGAUGUGAUGAGGUGUUGAAGUCCAUGGCUGAACAGAACCUGAUUGGUGGAAACCAGGCAUUUAUCAAUAUUUUGUCAGAAAAUCUGCACUCCUUAACCACCUCCUUGCCGCGACUGAUGAGGAGCGCAGACGACCAGGACAAACUGUCCACGCUGAACCUCUUCUUGGGCUAUCUGAAGAUUCUGGGGCCAAGAGUGUCAGCUGUUUUGAAUUCAGCCGCCCACCUCCAGCGCAUCUCUAAAGCACUGAUGCAGGUUUUAGAGAUGGACGUGACCGAUGUCAGGAUAGUGGAAGAACGUCGUUUUCACAAUGAAACCCCCGGAGAGCAACAUACUGAACUUCUAGAAAGGGCGACUCAGAAAAAGUACUUCCGAUACUUUACAGACGAGAGGAUAUUUGCAUUGCUCCGACAACUCUGCAGGGUGCUUGGCUACUAUGGAGACCUCUACCUGUUGGUGGACCACUUCAUGGACCUCUAUCGCGAGUCAGUGGUCUAUAGAAAACAGGCUGCGUUGGUCCUCAACGAACUCAUUGCAGGUGCUGCUGGGAUGAAUUUGGAGACGUCGGUGGGACAAAAGGAUCUAGUAAGCCAAGAGAACUUGAAGGCAGCAGUUAUGUCUGUUACUGAAGAAUACACAAGCCUGGUCAACUGGCAUUUAGUCACCACUAGUGUGGAAUCAGAGCAGGGAGAUAGCACUGCCUUUAGCCAGUCGAGGUUGCUCUCAAUCACCACGAGUGCAAACACCGAUUAUCUGAAAUCUUCAGCAGGCUUGAACCCAACAAUCGGUCUGAUGAAUAGCAAUAUCUGGCAGAUUUGUAUCCAGCUGGAAGGGAUCGGCUGUUUCGCACUUGCCCUUGGGCCGCAGUUCCGGCUGCUCUUGAUCACAGCCUUGUACCCCGUGCUGGAAAAGGCAGGGGAUGAAACCCUGCUGAUUAGCCAGGCAGCUCUGGGAGCCAUGAGGGACAUCUGCAAAGGCUGUGGCUAUAACUCUCUGAAAGACCUCAUCAACCAGAACUCGGACUAUCUGGUGAAUGAUAUAUCCUUGAACCUGCAGAGGCUGAGCCAGCACCCCCACACUCCCAGGGUUCUCGGUGUGAUGAUCAGCAACUCGGAUGCCAGCCUGCUUCCGCUGGUGGUGGAUAUCAUUCAAGACGUGCUGAUGGCCUUGGACCACUGUUAUGACAAGAGGGCACCCGUAUUCUGUGUGGUUUUACAUUCACUUGUAGGGGCAUUCGUACGGUGGUUCCCAGCUGAGACGAGCAGCAGGAAUGAAUGCAGGAACCCGGAUGGAGAGAGGGACUUGCCAGAGGAGAUGAUGAGGUUUCUCCUGGACUAUCACAGGCAGAGGCAGCUAGCAGAGGGCAACGCUGCAGAGGAGGCAGAGCUGGAGGACACAGAAAUGCCACCCCCGGCUCCGGAGCCUGAUGAUAGUGAGGAAGGUCCUGCCGUGAAACCUGAACUGCCCCCUCACAUCAGCAUUGCCAAGGAGGUGAUGGAGAGGUGCAUCCACCUCCUGUCAGACAAGAGUCUGCGUCUCCGGCUCAAGGUUCUGGACGUGCUGGAGCUGUGUGUGACAGUGCUGCAGAGCCACGAGAAUGAACUGCUCCCUAUGGCUCACCGCGCAUGGCCCCCGCUUGUGCAGAGACUGACUAACGAUGAUCCACUGGCGGUGCUCAGAGCUUUCAAGGUGAUGUGUACGCUUGGGGAGAUGUGUGGGGAUUUCCUCAGAAGGAGGGUGUCUAAAGACGUGCUCCCCAGACUGACGGGCUCCCUGGUAAAGCAGGCUCCGGUGAGCGCCAGGGCUGGGCCCGUCUACACCCACACCCUGGCCUACAAGAUGCAGCUGGCAGUCCUGCAGGGACUGGGGGCUCUGUGCUGCCGACUGGACUUGGCGGAUGCUGAAUUUGAUGUCGUCUCAGACGCCUGCCUGCACUAUCUGAGCUGCAGGCAGCCUCCUAAACUGCAAGAGGCCUGUGUCAGUGUUUUCCAGCAUCUAAUCCAGGUUGACCCGGACUCAGUCUGGCUCACCCUGAACGAACUUUACUGCCCAAACUCGUAUGAACCAAAGCACUCAAGUCUGCAUGCGGUCCAGCUGAGCGGCAUGGGAAAACAGAGGAACGAGUUCACCGAGAACAUCCUGAAGCUACUGCAGGAGAUGCAGUGAAGUAUCUGCAGGGCUCCUACAGCCCAGGACAGGGAAUAGGGGCCAGGCAGGGGAUCAGAACUCAGGAAGCAGGGCCCAGGGAUUGGUUUAUGGAUGCUGUUGGGGAGUCACUUGCCUACUAGUGGGAAUUAGGCACUAAACCCUCUUACCGUCAGUCAUCCAGAGAGCUGCAAAACAGCAGCAAUCUCCAUUGUGCAGUACUGGGAGGGGUUAGGCUAUUACAUCCUCCAAUACUUCAUAUGGAUUUUGGUAUUCCAUAUGAAAUGUUAGAAUCUUUAAUAUCUUUAGUUCAGGUAAACAAAGGACUUUUAAAUAAAUUAAAAAAGUCAAAUAUUUGUUAUGACAGGUAUGAACUGUUUUUAGAGGAGUUUUGUACCCUUUACAGGUUAUUUUAUUGCAGCUAUGAUCCCCUUUCAUUUCUCACUGCAUCCAAUCAAAACCAUACAGGAUGCCCCAAACAAACUGAGAAGCCUCUGCACCCCUACAAAAAUGAGCCCUUUCUGCACUGGCCCACGGAUAUAAAAUCACAUCUUGAUCCAGCUUCUAUCAAACAAGGCACCAUUUGUAGGUGGGAGUCUCAAUUGUAAUGUUCUACGGUAUUUAAUAAUCACAAUUAAAAAAAUAAAUAAUAAAAUGAAUAAACCCUUGUUAAGCCGUCCUGAUACCAUGUAUUUGUUUCUAGUAAGAAAGCCUGCUUAGCUCCAGCGGUAGACUGCUCUUGCUUUCGUUCUUAAAACACAGAAGCAAAGUUAAUUUACUUGCUUUGCUGAUUACAUAUCUUUCAAUCAGCCUCCUCCUGUAAAUCCACAGCAUUGAAUUCAGCUGUUCACGCAGGCCCUACAGAUGAGCAGCGAUUCUACAGGAACAUUCUUCUGCAGCAGAAGACCUUUCAGAAGGGAAGAGGCUUCGUUUUUGCUCUCCGUUAAAGGAUAAAUAAUAAAACCCUCAAACAUUUUACCAAGUGUAAUGAUGCAUCCCCCUUUAAGCUGUUAUUGUCAGGUGCAGCAUUUUCCUUGGGUGAAAUAAAGUUUGAUAAACCACACUAGGAGUAGUGUGGAACAGGA